AUGGCGCUGCCUUCAAAACGAAAAACGUGACAGUCACAGAUGGUGUGAUCAGUACCUUCAAGAUAUAUCUAACUCGUUGUGAUUAACUACACACUAUGGACUCUAUUGACAUCUGGUAUUUGAAGGAGGUGUAUGUAUGGAGGACAGCAGCCAGCAUGACGUGGUAUCUCCUAUCUCUACCAGUACUCACUGUUGGGUAUGCCCUCAUUGCACAGCUCAAUCCACUACACCCACUCACAUGGAUAACAGACACAUUCUCUGCCAUGCUGUCUGUUUACUUCAUUUCUACUGUGGGCAUCAUCAUGGCUGCUGAUGGAGGCCUCGCUUGGCUGUCGGCAUCGGCCUACUCAGUUGUUCCGAAUGUUACCGACAUCAGACUGAGGAAGGUGGCAUGGCUGCUGAGACCGGGGUGUCUGGUGCACAUAUCAGUGUACAUGGCCGCUGGCUUUGUCAUUUCAUGCUGCUCCUCCAUAUAUGCAGGCGACAGAUUCUCAGGAUUCGUCAAGUAUACAGAAUACGAAGGUGACAUUGUCUACCUGAACGAAUGCCAUGUGAUGUUUGUUAUGUAUGGGAUGUACACAGGGCUGUACUUCUGCUGCCAAUUCCACCUCUAUCAACUCAACUACCUACAGUUUCCCAUCAUCCAGAGGGAGAAGUUUUUUCAAGUCCGCAGUGAGGUGGCUUCUAUGUUUAUCAGAUGUGUCACGGAGACUCUCCAUCAAAUGAAAUACUUUUACCUGCUAUACUUUUUACUAGGCCACAUACCCAGAGGAUGGAUUCUACACAGUUUGAACCUCAUGCUGAGCCCAGAUGCUCAGCCCCUGGACACCGUGUGGGGUCUCCUGGAUGUGGGCGUCGCCAUCCAGCUGUUGCUGCUUGGGUGCUUCCUUAACUACACUUGGAGUCUCUCAGUUCUUCUCUACCGAGUCUACCACACAGAGAGGCUGGAGUUCCCAGUGGACAGUGCCUUUGACAGCUACAAGAACAAGAGCCUGCUGUCAGCCAUUUCCUGUCAGAACAAGGCCUUGCUUCAGCACCUGGGUUACCUGGAUCUGCUACACCUGGCCAGAUUUUCACCUGUACGACGCAGACAGGUGCUCACUCUCAGUCAGCCAGGUGGCCACCCACACACCUGGAACAAGUUGUCUGCAGCCUGCCUAGGGGACAUUGACCUUCUCACAACACAGGUUCAGGAGUCCAACUGGAGUGCUAUGGCAGGGGUCGCCCACAAGCCCCCAUGUGUGUCGGAUGCAGGUAAGACGACAAAUCCCGCCUAUGGUGGUUGCAGGUUGACCACAAACAUCCUCUGUGUAGCACACCAGUAUGACCACAAAUCCCCUGAAUCAGACAAAUUGCAGCAAGGUCGGAGACAAAGAUGGGACCACAUCUUUCUCCUGUGUGUCCGGUCAUCUCCUGUGUCUCCUCCGGUGUCUCCCAUCACCCUGCUGUCUCCGUCUUCCUGUGGGGUGUCUCCCAUCCGGUGUGUCCUUGGUCCUGUGCUCACAUGCGGUGUCUCCGGUGCGGUGCUGUCCUCAUGUCCUUGGUCUGUCCUGUCCUCGUCACCCUGUGCUGUGCUCUCCGUGUCUCUCCUUGUCUCUGUGUCUCUCUGGUCUGUGUCUCCUUUGUUCAAGUUAAGCCGCACACAGAAGAUGUCACCAUAUCCUAGCGACGCCCCUCUCCGCCACCAACUACACUCGGCCCUUAAAACAUCCAUAUACAGAAUUGUCAAUGUGUUUGGGACCCAUCUGAUGGAUGUGCCUCUGAGUGCAGAGUGCAGGAAAAAAUUGUCUCCAUUCAUUGAUUUCCGAGAAUGAUUAUAAAGGAUACCAGAUACAGUCGUUGUCAAGAAUUCAGGAUUUGAAGAGUUUCAAGACAAACUGCCGGCAGUACACCACCAACAUUCAUCAGGAGAUUUCCCUGCAUAAAUACACUUUGGGGGGAAUCAAUGAUUGCCUUUGCCCCUUGUAAUCACACUGCCACAGUGUAUGUGGCAUAUGUUUCCUUGGUAUAUAGUGGCUUCUGUUUGUAUAUAAACUGCAUUUGAAGGCAAAUUCUCUCAGGAUCAUGUGCUGAAUUCGUGCAGCACUUCCAUGCACAAUUCCUGAGAAAAGUGUUCACAAGGUUCAUUAUGGGGUAAAGUACAUCUAUUCCUAAUGAGGUUUGCCUCUUUUGUUUCUUUACACAAGGAAAGAACACAAGAACGUCUUUCACACUGGAAGUGUCUCUGUAACAGCAAGAAGCUCCUGAAGAGGCUGGAUAUCUAGUGCUACUCUUGAAGUGUGCCAAGAAUCAUGGUUGUCAUGUCAUGUAAACAUUUGUAUUUGUUGAGACCACAUGGUCACAUUGUAUUUAUCAUCUUGCAGAGAUGUUCACAUUAAUGUAUAUGCUGACAUUGGUAUUGUCAGGUAUGAUAUGACGUUGACAUUAUGUGAUCCUUUACUUGGUUGACAUUGAGCAAAUUAUGUCAACAUCAGCCAAAUCAAUGAAGAAAUAAUGUCAGUUACUUAGCUAAUGUCGACAUGUUCUCAGUUUCUGAGAUAUCAUUGACUUAACACCAUAAGUGACUAAUCUGACAUAAACAUUUUGCCAUCAACAACUAGACAGACACUGAAAUAAUGUCAUCACUGAGUAAUCUGACAUUAACAAUAUGUCAUCAAUGACUGAUCUCAUGUUGACAUUAUUUCAACAAUUACUUAGCUCACACUGACAUCAUCAUCAUCAUCAGUGACCUUGAUGCCACUGACAUAAGGUCACGAAAGAUUUUCUAGCUGACGUUGAUGUGAUACCAGCCGAUUGUGACACAAUGUCAGUGUGAACUAAGUUGACUAAACUGGAUGUACUGCCUCAAACAUCUGAAACUAUACAUUUACAUUAUGUCAACCAUGGCUUAUCUCAUAUUGACAUGUGAUCAAGGACUUAACUGAUAAUAACAUUAUCCUGUCAACAACUUACACAAUAAAAAAAAUCUAUGACUUUGCUGACUUCAGCAUCAUUAAUGACUGUUAGAAGAAGGAAAUUUUCAUUCUCAAUCAUGAAUAAACACAUUUGUGGCCUGGCUAAA